AACCGUAGAACACUAAUGACAUUUAGAAAAUAUUAAAGGCUUAUCAGUAAACAGGCUUAUCAGUAAACUAUUCUAAGCACUUUAAAGCGAGUGAAGGGACUGUGAAUGCCUGUCAUAAGAUGGUGUAAAAAUAAAAUACCUUUUUGUUCAGCCUUAUCUCAAGUAAGGCGAGCUUGUAUUGUGAUUCUUAAACGUACGUCCAAACAAGCGAAAAGACAGCGGAGAUCGCAUAAAUAGAAUGCGAUCGGCUUUUCUUCUUUCAGUCCGCAGCGAAACGUCGAGCUGCGCAGUUGUGCACUGGGCGUUGGAACUGUAUAUUUACGCAUGCAUGUACAUAUAUGUAUAUGUACUUAGAUCGAGUGUAACUGUUAAAAAGCAUGGCCGGCCCCCUAAGUGUCAUGGCCGCGGAAAGUGAUAGCGAUGUGGAGAUCAUAGAGGCGGAGCCCAUGGACCAUCAUCACCACCAUCGCCAGCAGGAACCAUAUGGGCAUCCCGCCAAGAUGUACCCACGAAUUCCAUCCGGCAUACCCUCCCCACCAUUUUCACCCACUGAUCGUACGGAUAUGCCGCUGGUCAAGGAGAUUCUGGCUCGCAAUGAACAUAUAAAUAUUCCCGAAGGAACCGUGCUCUGUGUUCCGUGCUACCUGUGCAAACAGCCCUUCAACGACAUUGAUUCCUUCAAGGAGCACCUCACCCAACAUGCGGCGGAAAUUAACGCCUGGAAUACAACGCGUGCGCAGGAGCAGACACCUCCGCCGACGAUAAAACCGUUUGUUCAGUCCAUGAAUAAGUCAUUCGUGCAUCCCACAGAUCAGCACUUAUUCCAUUCCAUUGAUCAUGGGGCCAUGGAUCAUCAUCACAAUGCCCAGUAUCGCAAUCUGAUGGAGUUUUGCUGUCAGCCACCCGCGGAUUUUUACUCAUUGCCGCUCGAACCACAAAUUCCUUUUCAAAUGCCUGCGGUUCAUCAACAUCCGAUUCAGAUACCACCCAUGUAUAUGACCGCUCAACAUACGGUCUAUGAGACACCAAUGCAGUUUUUAGGAAACCGGAGACUCGAACUGCGCCAAAAACUGCCAAUGUCACCGCAACCUCCUCUGGAGCAUCCUGGUCAUCCAAUGCUUAGCGCGGGUCCAAGUAAUCAACAUACCUCGCCUCAAAUGCAAAACGUUUGUGUGUCGGAAGGAAUUCCCACAAGUGUAGAGAAACCACCGGUCUUGGAAAAUCACCGACUUCCAGCACAAGAUCCGAUUCAGGAUGCGGGUGCAGGGAAGUCUCGAUCGGCGGUGCUGAUCAAACCCAAGCCCCCAAGUGCAAAACCCCCAAACCAUACACAAGAUCCGACUCAGGAUGUGGGUGCAGGGAAGUCCCGAUCGGCGGUGCUGAUCAAACCCAAGCCCCCAAAUGCAAAACCCCCAAAUGCAAAACCCCCGGCUUUCAAUCGAGGUCAUUUCGAGUGCAAUUGGUGCGGAAAGCGAUUGAGCUCCCGCCAGUCGCUGAAAUACCACGAGAACAUCUUCCACGGGGAUAAAGAGCUGACAGCGAAUCGGGUAGAGAAGGAUUUGACCAAGCAGCACAAGUGCCUCACAUGCAAGAAACGCUACAAGCGGCGGACCUUCCUCCUAAUGCACAUGAAGGUCAAACACGGGAUUGAUCUCCCGGGCAGGAUUAAUGCUGAUCCCGAAAAUCCAAAAUCUGUAGAUCCACCUGCAACCGCGGAGGUUCCUGUCUCCCCAAAGUCGUCGCCGGACGAGGCACCGAAAAAGGAGAUAUGGAGCACAAGAAUAUUUAACGCUGUGGCGGCAGCCAAGUAUAAACCAGCCAGCGAGCGGGCGGACAAGUACCUGGUUGCGCCACGUCAGCAAACCAAGCAGUUGGAAUCGGGUUUUACGAUCACGCCUAAACGGACGUAUCCACCCCGUUCACCCUUCUUCAAUCCGGAUCUAUGGCUGGACUGCGAUGUAUACUUAUAGGUUAAACUUGGCUGGAUUUUAAGCAGAGUAUCAAAUAUUCGAGCUAAUAAGAUAGCCAAUACCGCCUUCAGCCUAGCUGGAUGACCGACCGACUGCAUUAGUCUUGUUAUUUUUAGCGAUAAAUAUUACUUCGUUUCAUGAAGCUUCUGAGUAUGUAUAAUGUACGUAUGUAUAUAAUAGCAUGGAUGCAUAUCGCACUCGUAAGCGAUCUAUUCUGUGGCCUCAGCACUUCGGAUCUGAAUCUCGACGUCGAAGUCCCAAAGCCCCAAACUUCUUGUCAUAAUAAGCAAACUAAAAACGCUGAGCAUUGCAAUAAAUUUUAAGCACUCGGACGCUCAAAUUCGUCCGUUUCUGUUGUAGGUUUUGUACAUAAAAUGGAAAUGAAGAAACGCGUAAGCAAAACCAAUAAAAACUGUGAUUUUUUUACCCUAA